CGGGUCAUCAGGCACGACAAUGGGCAUCGGGUCACCAGGCAUCAGGUCAUUUGGCUCGCCAGCGGGCACCGCGUCAUCUGGCAAGGCAGUGGGCACCGAGUCACCAGGCACGACAGUGGGUUCCGAGUCAACUGGCAUGACCACGGGCACUGGGUCAGACAUUGGAUCGUCUGCCUCGACAGCGGGCAUCAGGUCACCAGGCAUCAGGUCAUUUGGCUCGACAGCGGGCAUCGGGUCACCAGGCAUCAGGUCAUUUGGCUCGACAGCGGGCACCGCGUCAUCUGGCAAGGCAGUGGGCAUCGAGUCACCAGGCACGACAGUGGGCUCUGAGUCAAUUGGCACGACAGCGGGCACCGGGUCAUCAGGUACCGAAUCGUCUGGAUCGACAGCGGGCACCGGGUCAUCUGGCGUUGGAUCGUCUGGAUCGACAGUACCGGAUCAUCUGGAUCGACAGCAGGCAUCGAGUCAACUGGCAUAAUAGGAUCAUCAGGCUGGAUCAGUUCAUCAGGCUGGGUAGAGACAUCAGGCUGAAUGGAGGCAUCAGGCUGAAUGGAGGCAUCAGGCUGGGUAGAGGCAUCAGGCUGGGUAAAAAACAUCAGGCUGAAGUGCGGGUGGCAGGUUCUCAGACGGCAGGCUCACUGGUUUGGAUACUGGCAGGAUGGUACUGGUUGGAGAGAAUUUUUGCUUUUUUCUGGUUUUAACUACUGGAGCACUGCAAGUAAACGCAGGUCUGCAAACGAAUGGAGCAGCUGGGGACAGAGGAAAACGGGAGGAUGGAACAGAGGAGGGAGCAGUUGCUACAGAGGACUUCUUUACAGGGUUACAGAAAGGAUAGGUGCAGCGAGUGAGAACAGAGGACUGAUAUGUGGUAGUUAG